UAGCAGAGAGAGAAACAGAGACUCGUGAUUUUAUUUAUUUAUAUAUUUUGCUCUUUUGCUCUCUCUCUGCACCAGGGAAAAAAAGAAGCUGCUCUGCAAGACUGCAACAGGAGAGAGAGAGGAGGGGUGUUAUCAGAGGGAAUUUACAGCUUCUUUCGUCUCUUCACUUUCAUCGUGAUCUUUAUUUGAUUCUCUUUCUUCUCUAUUUGUCUCCUCUUCUUUUCUUCUUUCUAUCACUGCGCUUUAUUAUAGCAAAGAUAUCUCCAGCAAUAUUGAAAGAAAGUUAACCCCAAACAGACCCAUAUAUAAACUUGUAGGCUUUCUAUUGUUUGAAGAUCAAAAAGAAAAAUGGGUAGUUGUGGGAGGAGUACUGGGUCUGUGAGGCAGUAUGUGAGAUCAAAAGUUCCUCGAUUGAGAUGGACUCCUGAGCUUCACCGUUGUUUUGUUCAUGCCAUUGAUAGACUUGGUGGCCAAGACAAGGCCACACCAAAACUUGUUCUACAGUUGAUGGAUGUAAAAGGACUCACCAUUUCACAUGUCAAGAGCCAUCUCCAGAUGUAUAGAAGCAUGAAGAGUGACUUGGGGAGACAAGAUAGGAGUUUCAAUCAACAAAGAAAGCAAGAAGCUUUAGAGGACCAUGAUGGUUGUCUAGAUCAUGAAAUGGGAUUUUCUCAAUCAGCUUCAAAAUCCAUACAAGAAGAAUCAGAUUCUCCUCAACUUCUCUAUAGUCCACAUCAUCAUCAUCUCCCUUUGAAAAGGCCAAGAAUCGAUGAGAUCUGGAGGACUAGUCAGAACCUGCAAUGCAGCAAAGAAGGUGUAUGUGAAACACUUGAUUAUCUGCAGCAGUCCUUGAGAGGAGGAACAGUAAACAAUGGACGGUUCCGAUCAGAUGAAGGGAAGAUCAGCCAUUCUUUGCAGGCACAUGAUCUUAAUGACAACUCUCUCAAAUGUUCUGUUGAAUUAGAAGAGUCUGAAUUCAUUAAGAUCGCAGAGCCAGAAGACCAUACGUUCAAAGCAAAGGCAAUGUGCAAACCUAAAAAUACCGGGAAUAGACGUGUUGAAGGAGACGAAGGAAAUGAGGGUUGCGAGUUGUCUCUGUCACUCUCACUCCGACAUCCCUUUUCCUCCCAGAGAAGUAAUGCCUCCUCCACAAGCGAGAUCAGCGAGGCAUUUUCAACUGAUAACAAAGACGUCUCUGGAUUUUCAGGACAACAUAGUGUUAACCUAGAUCUAUCUAUUGCUCUUUGCGGUGCCUAAUGCCUCUAAUGAAGCAAAUGAGUGAAACCAUAUCUGUAUCUUGUUAAUGAUUCUUUUUGGCUCCUUUUGAACUAGUCACUCUUUUUUGUCUAAUCCUGUUUGGAUUUUAUAUAUUUGUAAAAUCUAUAUACAUAAUAUUAAUACGGAAUAAUGAGAUGGUUUAGAAGCGUCCACGUCAACUUCUAUA